UAUCUUUUUGGCCACUAAAUUUUAAAACAGUAUUUAUUACUCACAGCAUUUCGAUAUAUAUUUCAGAAAUAUAUUGCACUUAUGGUAUAUUUGUUCUGAUCCGUAUAUAUAUAGAUAUAUAUAAAGAUAUAUAUAUAGAUAUACAUAUAUAUAUAAAGAUAUAUAUGAACUUAAUCAACACCCAUGACAAAUCUCUGCAUGUUGGUUCUACCAUGAAAUACUGUCAAUGUAAUAAAAAAGAAGAAGACAAAGCAUGUCCCAAAAAAAAUAAAGAACAAAAACAUGGUACAGAAAGCCAAGACGGAUGCUGCAAAAGAGACAAAGGAUUUCAAAAAUUUCUUAGAGAAUUUAGAAGACAACGUUGUGGUAUGUCAGCUUCUGAAACGUUUAUGAAAGCUACAUGGAAAUGGAAAUGUAUGUCCAAAUGUGAAAGAAAUAGAUAUGUGUCUCGUGGAUGUCGUCCCAAGCCUCGCAAAUGUAAACGUCGACGUAAAUGCAGAUGUAAACUUAGUCAUUCAGAAAUAAAAAAAGAAAAAAAAGAAAAAAAUGACAAGAAAGACACGAAGGAGAAAAAGAUAUUCUCUCCUUUCGCAAACUUCAUGCGUAAAUUUAGAGAGACAAACAUGGGUUUAUCUCCAAAAACAUUAAUUAAAGUAGCAACCCGUCGUUGGUUUAAGAUGUCACCUUUAGAAAAAAUGAAUUAUAAAACCGAGGAAUAUUGCCAGUGUGACUGAUUAUGGAAUGUAAUAUGAAUAUAUCGUCCAAAUUGCAGGAAAAGCACAGAGGGGAAAAUAACGUAUAGAGCAAUGGCAUAAUAUUUAGUUCAUGACGUAUAUGUGUACCUGAUUACAGUCACAAUAUAUAUAUUUGAAGUACAAUAUGAUCUUAUCUUAUGAAACAUAAAUUUCUUUUGAAGUCAAAUAA